AGCGAGCGGCGGCUUCGCUCAAAGAGAGAGAUAGAGAGCGUCGCCUCUUCAUCAGCAUCCACAGGUUGUCCUCUGGGAAGAGUUGGAGGAGACUAUAAUAAAUGACAUAGACUUCUUGGGGCAAAAUCUUGAAUCUGAGGUAGCCCUUGAACUCGCAGGAUUUAAAGACCAGGCUAGAAAUAACCAGGAUCAUAAUUUUCAACUGAGUUUUCAGAUUAACCAGCUAGAGGAGGCAAAUUAUACAUUAGAGAAGCAAAUCCACGGCUUAUUGGAAAGUAAAGAUGAUGUAUCUCGCCAAGUGAAGAAAUUAACAAAUAAGAACCAGGAACUCUCCAAGGAACUUAAUGAAAUAGAUCGUUUAGCUGAGAAGCUUGAAAAAGAUAAGGAAUUAGCACUUACUGUUGCAUGUAAUGAAAUAAAAAUAGCUGAGAUUGAAAUUGAAAAGCAAGAGAGGGACAUUGUUGUGUUGGAGCAAGCCAUCGUAAAACUCAGAUCAGACACAGCAAAAUCCAAGCGGCAACUCGAGGAAAUUAGAGCAGAAUUACAGGCGAAGACUGAAGGGAGCAAUGGGCCGUUAACCCAGUUUGAGAAUUGUCAACAAAAUAAAGCAGAGAUUGCUUUUGAUAAAGAUUUUGAUUUUUAUCAAGAAUCUGAAGAUACAGAAGCUCAGCUCCGUACAUAUGAGCAAAAUAAAUCUCCUUUUCUGUUGGAUGCAUUUGUGAAGAAUAUCGCACAGGAAAGAGAUUUUUAUAAAUCUGAGGUAGAAUACUUAUUAAAAAUGUUGAGAAGCAAACCUUCAGGCCAAGGCAAUUCAUCCAGAGGACGUAGUCCACUCCGUUCAUCUCCUGUGAAGGGAGGUAGCUAUGAGUCUGAGCUCAUAUGCGUAAUUAAAGAGCGUGAUGACCUCCAAGCCAUGGUAAUCAAAUAUGAAAGGCACUUGGCAGAAGUCCAGGCAAAUGUCAAAGUUUUAUCUGCAGAAAGAGACCAAAGCAAACUCCUCUACGAGCAGGCUCAGGAGGAACUCACGAGAUUGCGAAGAGAUGCAAUGAAGUCACCAAGAGCUCAGAAAAACAGUUUGACAGCACAAGAUAUUCUGCGCCGCUUGGAAUGUGAGCGCGAUGAAGCUGUUGCAGACUUGAGGAGAAUGACCACAGAACGUGACAGUCUGAGAGAACGAUUAAAGAUUUCCCAGGAGACUGCAAUUAAUGAGAGAGCGCAUCUGGAACAAAGAAUAGAAGACUUGAAGGGUUCUAUGCAUACAUUGGAAAAUGAAAGAUUGGAACAUCGAUCAAGGCUGACUUGUCUAAAAGAUAGUGUAACCUCCCUGGAGGAAGAAGUCAAAAUAUUGGCUAGAAAGUCAUCUGACACUGAAGAUGAGCUGUGUAGACAGAGAGCAGAAAACAACCAGAUCAGGUUAUUAAUGGACCAGUCAGAAGACACUCUUGCUGAAACCCAGAGACGCCUUUCGUUAAAAAGUACUGAUUUACAACUUGCACAGGAUAAAAAUGUCCGCCAAUGCGAAAAGAUAGAUGAUCUGAGUAGGCAGGUUGCUUCGCUUCAAGAAGAAGUUGGCGCAGUUCGAUCCAAUAUCUAUGAACUUGAUAAACAAAAGAACAGUUUGCAAGAACUUGUCGAUGAAAAGACUGAAGCAAUUUCUUCUCUGGAAGAAAGCCUUCACCAAAAAAAAAAGAACAUUGCAGAUAACCAACUGAACAUAAGUGAACUGGAAGCAACUGUUGACCAGUUGAAUGAGUCUAUCAACAAUAAAGAAACUGACAUUUCCAAUCUUCAGCGGCAAUACGAAUCCAUCAACGCUGAACUAUCAGAAUUAGGCCAGUUAAGAGAAAAUGCUGUUCGUGAAAAUAACCACCUGCAUGAACAGCUGUCAAAAAUAAAAUAUGACAAUCAGGCAGCAAACCGGAAACUGGAAGAAUCUAUACAAGAGAAUAAAGAUUUGAAACUCAAAAUCCAGGAUUAUAUUACUGAGAUCUCCAAGGUGGAGAAUAUGCUUAGUGGUAAGGAAAAUGAAAAUUUUAAUCUGCUGGAGCAAGUUCGUAGAUCAAAUGUACAAACGGAGACUUGGGAACUGAAGGCACGCCAAAUAGAAGGAGAGUUCAAUUCCAUUCAGCUGGAGCUUGUUACAGCUAAAUCUGACAACCGCAGGCUGUGUGAAAAACUUGGCUCACUUGAAAAAGAAGUUGAGGAGCAAGAGGCUGCAAGAAAUGCUUACAAGGCCCAGGUUUGCUCACUCAAUAAGUUGAUAAUGAAGCUGGAAGAAGAACUUAGGCUGAUUCAGAGUGAAAAGACAGCAGCCCUCAAUGACCUCUCAUCCACUCAAGAGCUUUGCCUUAAGUUGGACUCGAACAAAGAGAUGAUGAUGAGGCAGGUUGCCAACAAAAACAAGGAGAUGGAGCAGAUUCUAAGUGAACUUGAAUCAGCCCGGUCUGAAAUAGAGCUGUUACGAAAUCAGCUUUCAAGUGAGAGAACUUCAAUAAAAAAUCUGGAAUCGUUGUUGGCAUCUAAUCGGGAGAAAAAGUUCCAAAGCCAAAUGGUCACACAAGAGAAAGAGACUGAAAUUCAGCUCUUCAAAGAUAAGCUUUCCUUGGCUGAAAGCAAAUUGGCUUCUCAAUCCCGUGAAAUUUCUCAGCUGAGGAGCAAGACAGCUAUGCUUGAAACAGAAUUAGAUAUGGCGAAGAGACAGUUGGGUACUGAACGAUUUGAAAGGGAAUGCGCAGUUCAGGAACUUCGCCGACAUGGCCCCUCUUACCGCACAACUUCACCACCUCAACCUUCCUUAAGUCCAGGUUCACAUUCACCUGAGCGUUCCAGCCGGAGAUCUCCUGAUUGUUCCCUAAAUAGAUCACUGAACAGGGCAUCUUCUCUGAAGGAGUUUUGACGUUAGCGAAGGUUUAUCUCCAUAAUCAUUUGGAAAGGAGAAUGAACCUUUGACACUUUCAAGAAGAACAUUCCACAUUUCAGUACAAUUGAAUUCUGUAUUAUCGAUUUUGUUUGAACGUGUUAAUGAAGUACCCAUACUUUCACGUUAUAUGCCAGAGAAAUUUACUUUGUCUACUGCAUUUGGUUUUCCUUCUUAGGGAUUUUUAAAAAUGCAAAGAGAUGCAACUUUUCAAAAGGGUUUCAUUCAUUAAUCACAUAAUCUAUAGACAUUUCUCUGUCUUCUUACAUUGUAGCUCAACUUUGUAAGUGAAUAUCAUUAACUGAACUUGAACACAAGCUGUCAAAAGUUGCAAAUAAAUCCAUUGAACCAAGGAAAA